UAUGGCGUAGUGGUGUCGAGUAAACUUACGUUUUGUAUGUGAUUAUUUUAGUUUAUGACGCAAAUCGAAUAAGAUUGUAGUAGUUUAAUCGGUUAAGUUUUAUGCUAAGUUAAAUUUAAGGCAUAUGAUUGCAGUUGUGGUCGUAAACUUGAAGUUAAUUUUUUUUCUUUGUGUUUUCCAACAUAUGUUGGACUACUUUUGUAUUCUUAAAAAAACUGUAAAUCGAUGCUAUACAGAAUGAGUUUAAGCAGAAAGUUUGAAAGUCUAGGUUCUGGUAGCACUAAAGGAGCGAGAAGCCAUUCAGCUCAUGGCAUUUCCAGAGGUAUAUCUAGUCCUUCCAUGAAAAUACCAUUACCACCUCGAUUAUGGAUAACAGAUAUAGAAGACGACUCAUCAGAUGAUUUUGAUAGUUGUUCGAGAGAAGAUGGAGUCUUUACAGCUGAAAGAGCUAGAGUGCGGUCACGCCACAGGGUUCAUAAACAAAGAUCAGCUAGUGUGCCUAUUGGAAUAUUUUGGGAUAUUGAGAAUUGUCAAGUACCCCGUGGGUGCUCUGCAAUAGAUGUUGUAGCAGCAAUCCGUGCCAAAUUUCUAGCAGGGAGGAGAGAGGCUGAUUUUGUGGUAGUAUGUGAUGUACGUAAGGAGUCUGCAUUUAGAUUGCAGGAGUUAAACGAUGCGCAAGUAAGCCUGAUUCACGUUUGCGGUACUCAGAAGAAUGCAGCUGACGAGAAACUAAGGCAAUGUAUGCGUCGAUUCGGAGAACUACACACCGCUCCGGCGUCGCUAUUGUUGAUCUCAGGGGAUAUCAAUUUCGCAGCUGACUUGUCAGAUUUUAGACAUAGGAAAAAUAUGGAAGUAAUAUUGGUGCAUAAACAGAACACAUCGAUGGCUUUAAUAACGUGUGCAACUGCACAUUAUUGCUUUAAUGAUCUGACCGUCAACCUGCCCCGAAAUCCAAAGAUGUUAAGUUUUUCGAACGACGACGAAGAGGAACCGACAUGUGUGAUGCAUGUAUCGAAUCUUCCGAUGGACCAAACUCCUGAGAGGGUGUCCCGAAGACUGCGAAGGCUGGCCGAUAAUUGUGGAGGAAAAGUUCUACGGGUUAUGGCGACCACGGCAAUGUUACGUUUCCCAACACCGGACCAUGCCUCGAGAGCCUUGAAGCGUAUGGACGGUGAGGAUGUUUUCGGUCGGAAAAUAAGCACACGCUAUGCACGUACCACGAUACAGCCGACGUAUUCCAGUGAUGAAGGUUACAGUACCGCGCCCGCUGCUCUUCCCAUGCCACGGGCUGCGUUUGUACCACCGGCCCACCAGGUGAGCGUGUCUGCUCAGGAGGCGAGCACGUGUGUGGCCCGCGAGUGGGCGCUGGCCUUAGAGCAGUUGCCGACUCCCACGCCGCCCCCGCUCGAGUUCUGCCCGCCUCCAGCGCCCAAGCCGCGCAAAAUAAGGGGCACCCAUGGCUCUGUUAAUCUAGACCGAUCGGGUUGUUCGUCGAGUAACAGCGGUGACGACAGCCGUAACCGGGACCACAGUCAAAGCCGGGCUGUCUCGCCCUGGAACUCGUCCGCCAGCUUCAGCGAGCACAGCGAAGGAGAACUGGAGCUCACUGAACUCACCGUCACUAACUUGCCGCCAUACGAGCCGACCAUUUUACAACUCGUACCGCAUGCCAAUCUGCAUUCCCCGGAAAUGUUAACACAGCUGCUGAAGCAGUACGUGCCGGUGGUCCGCGUGUCGGUGUGGUCGGGCGGGGAGGGUCCGCUGGCGACGGUCGUGCUGCGCUCGGAGUGGGACGCGCGGCUCGCGAUCGCGCGCGUGCACAAGCGCCGCCUCGACAACCAGUGGACCGGGCGCCGGCUCGAGCUGUCCCUGGGCAGGCCCUCCCCCGCGCCCAACCUAGACGUUCUGCGCGCUCGUCUCCGGGCCAUCCUCCUCGACCAAAAGAACCACGCGUUGCCGCUCCUCCGCCUUCGUGACGCGUACGCCAGCCGUCACUGCUGCGCCCUGACCACCUCCGAUAUCGCGAAAGUUAAGGACACGGUCGUCAUCCACGAAGGCUUCGGCAGAAUGGUUCAGUUGGUCGAUUUGACGCCGGUCACCAGCGCCGAAAUGGAAGAGGCUCCCUGGAAAUGUCACAUCCACGCGUCCAUGAGUACGGGACAAGAGGACGGAAGUCGCAUAUUGCAGCCAGUUUACGUGGAGAUAUCGGCGUUGGCCAAAAACGUUCAAACAUUAUUGGAGAAUCACGGUGGAAUUUUGCCAUUGUUGAGUUUCGUCGAAUGUUAUGAGGCUACAUUUCCAGCGUUGCUUUGUGACCCGCGCAGGGGUGUAGCUCUGGAGUUGUUGCUGCGAAGCGCCCCAAUGUUCGAAGUCAAAGAUAUACCAUCGCGCCACCUCACUUGGCGGACUACGACCGUCGAAACCCCUCCAGAGAACACAAAUCGCAGCGAAAGUUCCCGUUCAAGUGGCGAUCGAGAUCGACCGCGGACAGCGCCGGCGCUGGAGCCGAUGCUGGCGUUGUUCGAGCGUGAACUCGUGGAUUUACUGCGCAACGCUCCGCGCUGUUCCAUCCCGUUCAGCAAAUUGAUCCCGGCUUUUCAUCAUCAUUUCGGAAGGCAGUGCCGCGUCGCCGAUUACGGAUUUACGAAGUUGCCGGAUUUAUUAGCAGCUCUCGGCAAUACUAUAGUUGUUCUCGGCUCGGGUUCAUCGCGCGUCAUAACUCUCUCGGCGGCAGCUCAAAGCCGUCGCUGGACGUCGGACUUGGUGAAAAUUCUGAAAACUGCCCCCGGUCGUUCGGUUCCGCCUCAAGAUAUUCCCGGACUGUUCCACACCGCGUUCGGACGGGCCUUCGCGCCGGCUGACUACGGGGUGUGUACGCUGACAGAACUGAUGUGUCGAGUGGGCGCCCACGCUGUCACCACGGCGCUGGACGGGUCGGUGGCCUUGCCGCGGCGGGCUCCCACUCCUGAAGAACGUGCCAGAACCGUGCAGUUCGCUAUGCAGGCGGUAGAACUGUUAUGCUACACGCCCAACCUCCGCAUGGAGUUCUCGCGCUUGGUGCCCGCGUACCACGCUCACUUCGGCCGCCAGUUGCGCGUCGCUCACUACGGGUGCGUCAAGCUCGCCGAGCUGCUGGAGCUGGUGCCGGAGUCGCUGUGCGUGCACGCCGAGCCCGCCGGCGAGAGGACGGUGCGGCUGGCGGCGCGGCUGGCGCGGCCAGUGGUGGCGCAGCGACUCCGCGCCAUCACGCCCGUCUCGUUUUCCGCCUUCGCCGCCACGUACGCCAGUCAUUUUGGUGCUCCACCUCAGGCGGACAUGUUGUCGGCGUCGACACUGGAGGGCCUGGUGUACGCGGCGGGCGGGUGCGUGGAGGCGGGCACCGUGGUGGGCCCGGGCGCGGCGCCGCACUGGGCGUCGGGCGCGCUGCUGGCGUGCGCGGCCCUCAGCGCCGAUCGCAGCAUCGCCCGCGCCUCCACCGAGGAGUACUUCGCGGCCGCGUGUCGCCGCCUGGGCGCCGAGCUCGAGCUGCGACGCCUGGCGCUGGCCGGCGUGCUGGUGGUGGACGAGACCGGCCGGGAGCGCCGCGUGCGGCUGGCGGCUCCGUGGCGCGUCGUCUGGAGGCUCGCUCAGAUCAUCGCGGACCGCGGGCAGCCCCUCGCUCCGCUCGACAUCCUGGUCGACUACACGCGAAAAUAUGAACCCGUGUUUCCGGCUGCUGAUACUGGGCUCGAAGGCGUCGUGGACUUCAUGCGUCAGUACAUGGAGAUCUUCACGGAGGGCGGCGGGCGGUGGUCGCUGAGCGCGGGCGUGGCGGUGGCGCGCUGCCGGGAUGCGCCGCGCGUGCAGGAGGACUACUCCGUACACGACACGCCACCAGGACAAAAAGGUUCCAGGGUAUUCGAGUCUCCCAAAACAAAUAUUUGGUGCUCUCCGCCGGCUAGCGCACUGCCGGCGCCAUCGGCGCUGCUUAAUCAAGAAAACAAACGUCGCACCCGCCUAGCGGCGCAGUUCGACGCUUCAUAAGUCCAUUCCCACCUGUGCCACGAAUUAAAAUGCAUUCCUUUUACAUUUUAUGAACGCGAUCGUACGAGUGCCCGUGUUGACCGGAAAUUAGCUUUGAAACUCAGGGUCGCAACGAAUUUUAACAACUAGACUUAGUAAGUGUCCUAUAAAAUGUGAUGUAUGUAACAAUAAUGUUUUAGAUCGUGUAUAUUUUUGUGUAUUUUAUUUAGAUUAAGAAUAGAGGCAUUCGUUAAAUGUUAUAUCCAUUACAUAUUCUAUUUACAAUGUUCAAACGUUGAUAUAUUAUAUGAAUAAAUCUAUAAGAUAUCACAAACUAUCAAUAGAUCAAUAUUGGACUGUUUGAAUACUUGUUUUUAUUAUAAACUUUUUAUUUAUUGACCACUCAUGAUAUAUUUUUUAUUUAUUUUCCAAUAUAAUUAUUUUAAGUCUUAGUCAUUCUUGUUACUUGAUAUUGAUUGCAUUUCAUGUGAUAAUUGAAUGAAAUGUAAUCAAUAUUGAGAUUUUACCUUUUGACAUUUUUAUAUGCUAUUUAUUAUACAUAAAUUAUAGGUUUAUACAAGCAACGAAGGACUGAAAUAUGCCUACAAUGUUAUAAUCAAGAAAGGUUUUGUUUCUAUUGUUUAUUUACCGAUAUUGAUAUGUAUAAUUAAAUAAUUUGUAUUGCAAGUACAAAUAAAUAUAAUAAUAUUCUUCAAACGAAAUAUGUUAAGGCGCACAUAUCAUUUACAAUUUGAGGCUCAAAAUUGUAUUAGGCAUAGGGAAUAAGUUUAUAUGAAAGCAUAUUAUUAAGGAAGUGCUUGUAACAUUUUUCGAAUGCUAAUUUUAAGUACAAUAAUCAUACAAUAUUGUUGAUUUUGUAUUUGAUGUUUUAUCUAUCGGAUACGUGAUCUCGAUUCUAUAUUGGUGUACGUACGGUUUGGCUUUACUUGUUUUCGAUUUAAAAUUAUAUGUGGUUAUUAAUGUAAUGAAUGAUUUAUCGGCUCAUGUAAAUUUCACUCGAAUUGAUAAUUUUUAUAACAAGUUUACAUGAUUCUACUAAGAUGUUGGAAACAUUUUAAUUUGAUGAACGCGGAGUCUUGAUGUAAGAAGUACGAUUAUAUAUUAUCUUAACGUACGAGUUAAAUGUCAAUUUAAAUGAUUUUAACAUAUUGUCGUGGGUGUGAGCCCACUUGUCAGAAUUAAAAUCCAAAGUGCAAUGUUUUUACGUUAGUGUAAAUAAUGAAAUGUAAUUUGAUAAGUAUAAAGUUCCACAUUAAUAGCACACAGCGAAUGGGUUGUAUGAUUACAAUAUGCGUUUUGAAUUUUGCCAAAGGAUAAUAAAAUAUAUGUAUGAUUAAGACAUUAUUACAAAGCAGAAAAUAACAAAUCGAAAAUCUUCAAAUGGAUAUCGAUAUUCUAAAUUUUUUAUAAGUUCUUGUAAAGAUGACCAAAAAUAUGUGUUUACGAGAUUGAAUCUACAUAUAAAUGUAAUCUUGAUGUAUUGAUAAAAUGUAUUAAAACAACAUUAAAUUUAAAAACUUCAAUUUAAAAAUUUAAAAAAAUACAAUUUUAUUGUAAUGUUAAAGAAAGAUAUUAUAUAAUUUAUUCGAGAAAAUUAUAUCUUGUACAUAAUAGUAUAGCCAUACUUAGAUUUUCAAUAUAAAAAAUAUUUUUAUUAUUAUAUUACGGUACAAAUGUUUUUACUUAAGAAACCUGAGUUGGUCAGUCUGAAAAUAUGUUAAAAAAGACUGACCACUAGCAAUAUACUGUGUUCUGAUAGAUUUAACUAUGUAAAAUGCGCUGUGACGGGCGGUGUACUAUAAGCAAAUUAAUACUGUGAUACAUGUGUACCAAUUGAUGUCAUCGAGUGUUACUCUUAUAGGAAUGAGCUAAAUUGAAUUUCAUUAAAUAAAAAAGGAGUCGUAGACGUAUGUGUAGCUCUUAUAUAACGCUUUAUUUUAGCAAGAAAGUCUACUCUACGAUUUAGUUGUGAUAUUAAUGUGGAACAAAAUUACUAAUUCUAAAUAGUUAUUUGAAGAUGCAUUUGUUUGAACUAGCCCUUCGAAUAAUGUUUAUUUUUUGAAAACUUUACGCUUUCAUCGAGAUCAGUAGUUAAUAAUAAAAAAAAACAUUUAAAAAAAAAUAGGAUUUGAUGUUGUCUUAGUAAGGUUUUGAUCUCGUUAAAAAUGUCCUGUUUUCAUUAUAUGUAUGAUCUGUGUGGAAUCCUACCCUAAUUUGUAAGUAACUGCCAGUUCGCAUUUUUAAUUAAUAUAUUGUGAAUGAAAUAUUGCCAGUAAAUAAUUAUAUUAUACUGUUGCUAUUUUUAAGUUUUUUUUUUUGUUUAGUUUUAUUUUUCUGACCAAUAAAAUUGCAUAAAAUGAAAGUUAGAAUAGCGAUAUUCUUAAAAAAAAAAUCCCUGAAAUUAUAAGUUGAUUUCUUUGAGGCUGUAAGCUAAUAUUACAAGUAAUUUUUAGCGUGUCGUCUUCUAUGUGACCAACGUUUCUUUUUAAUGUCUAAGCUUAAGGUAGUAUUAGGCACACACUUGUAAGAGAUGUACGAAGAUUAUAGUUUUACGCCUGCAUCUUCGUAAUUCUGUGAUCAUUUAAUUUUUGUUGUCGUUCCAACUAGUGAAUCAUUGGAUGUAUGAAGGUAGAUCAUUUCUUGUCAGUAUUGCAUGGAAUAUGAAUGUAGUGUUGGAAAAAUAAAUGUUAUUUUUAUA